AUGCCGCCACCUAUGCCAAAUCCUGCGAAGCGGUUUACUGCAAACCCCGCAAGACCCGUUGGAAGGUAUCGUCCCGGCAAGCCAGUUGCGGAGCAAGAAUCCUCUGACGAAGAAGAAUCAGAGGAGGAGGAGCAGCAGCACCAGCAAAGCCAGAAACCUCCACAGAGAAGACCGCAGCCGCGUCGACCGCAGCCCGCAAAGCCCCAGGCACAGAGACAGGAAGAAAGCGAGGAUGAGGACGAGGAAGGAUUUGUUACGGACGACGAGGACGCUACUACUGCCACGGCGCCGAAAGUGACAGCGCCGCAGAACAAGGCACAGACACCAAGUUCGCGGCCGGCGGACAUCAAACAGGAGUCGGAAGCCGAGGAAGACGAGUCUGAAGACGAAUCCUCAGAAGACGAGGAAGACGAGGAAAGCUCCGAAGACGACGCCCCUCGGCGGAAGUUCCAACGUCCUACAUUUAUCAAGAAAUCAGACCGAAAUCUAUCAUCUACCCCACAAGCCUCCAAUGCUACGCCCGAAGCGAUCACAAAUGGCACGCCUGUGCCCGACCCCGAGAUGGACACGCAAACCCGGCGGCUCGCACAAGCAGAGCUCCUUAUAAAAGACAAACUCGAACGGGAUGCAAUUGCUCGCGCACAAGGGAAGAAAGCAUGGGACGAUGACGACGACGUCCUUCCCGAAUCAAUGGUAGAUGACACAGACGGCCUCGACCCGGAAGGCGAGUAUCAAGCCUGGAAACUCCGCGAGUUGAAGCGUCUGAAACGAGAUCGCGAGGCCCUCAUUGCACGAGAAAAGGAAAUCGAAGAAAUCGAACGGCGGCGGAAUCUUACGGCGGAAGAACGUGAAAAGGAAGACAAAGAAUAUCUCGAGAAACAAAAAGCCGAGCGCGAGGAGAAUCGUCAUGAAGCUUCGUACCUAGCUCGGUACCACCAUAAAGGUGCUUUCUUCCAAGGCGACGAAGCAGCGGAAGUCCUGAAGAGAAGAGACGUCAUGGGCGCACGCUUCGAAGACCAAGUAUCCGACAAGUCCGCGUUACCAGAAUACAUGCGCAUACGUGACAUGACUAAACUCGGCAAGAAAGGAAGAACGAGGUACACGGAUAUGAAGAACGAAGACACGGGACGUUUCGGUGAGGAAGUGAUGAGGUGGCGCGGGAGUGGUGGUGGACCUGGCUUCGGGAGGAACGCUGACUCUGCCAUGAAAGGCGUUGAUGAGCGGUUCCUACCUGAUGAUCACCGAAGUGGAGGGACGCCUGGCCCGACGGGUGCAAAUGCGAGUGCUGUUGCCCCACGGCGCGAGAGAGGCCACGACAAUGAUAGGAACGGAGACGGGUAUCCGGACUCUUAUCGGUCCCGAGAGAGAAGCCGGGAUCGGAGAGGUGAUGAGCCCCGCAGGCGGGAUCCGGACAGAGACACGCGGAAACGCUCAUAUUCUCGAUCAAGAUCUCGUUCGCGGUCGCCUCGGAGACGGAAGAGAGAUCAUUCUUACGAGCGGGACCCGAGAGAACGUGGCGACCACCAACACAGAGACGGCGUAAGGGCCUGA